UUUCUUCAACCACAUUCUUUAAAUUAACCUCAGAGUCAGUCACAGACCCUAAAAUCUCUCUGAUUCGAAAACCACUUUUCUGAUUCGAAGACAACUACAAGAGUAUAUGCAACUACAGGUCAUUUAUGGCUGGAAAAAGAGCUAAGAAAAGAGUUAAAACGACAUCGGAGGAUAGAAUUUCGAAACUUCCUGAUGCAAUAAUCUUACACAUCUUGUCAUUUCUUCCUACUAAGGAUGUGGUUCAGACAUGCGUCCUUUCAAAGCGUUGGAAACUCUUGUGGUAUUCAGUCCCCAAACUCUUAUUCUGCGAUUUCAGUCACAAAAAUGGUAGCUGUAAAUUUGUGGACAAUUGUUUGAGAUUACGCAAGAAAGGUAUGAAAUCUAUCCCCGAUUCAGUCAUAACUAAUUUUAAGCUUCGGAUGCAUUUUUAUGAAAGGAAAAUGGCUUGCCGCCUAGAUAGAUGGUUAGCUUUUGCAGUUAAGAAUAAAAUCAAGAGCAUAGAACUUGAUAUGAGAUGCCAGUACACAAGGAAGCGUGGCCAUAAUAAAUUCUACUGCUUACCUAAAACUCUAAUAGCCGAUGGAAGUUAUUUGACUGAUUUGAAUUUGUGUCGGGUAGAGUUUGAUUCUUCUUGUCAGUCAUUUAGUUUUCCAUCCUUGAAAUCAUUGUCUUUGUCUGCUGUUCGUUUUGCUGAUAGUGAUAUGCUAGAUAAUCUGUUGUUGGGUUCUCCUUCCCUUGAGAAAUUAAGUUUAAGUGGAUGUGGUUCUACUUCUACUGCUGAUCAUAAGCUGCUCAUUCACGUACGUAAUUCAACUCUCAAGGUCUUGGAAAUUAACCAAAGAUGGGAUCUAGUGGAGAAAAUUGAACUCAUAAAUCUUGAAUCUUUAAUACUAAUAUAUGUUUCCUUUGACAAAAUAAAUCCCUGUGCAUGCAAGGCAAUUAGAAAUCUUACAUUGACUUGCGAAUGGGGUGAGGAAGAGUUGUCAUUAUUGGAAUAUCUCAUCUCAAACCUUAGUGUCCUUCAGCAUUUGACUUUGAACAACUGUUGUAAAGGGAUGUUGAAGCACAUUGAAAUCUCAAGUGAGAGCUUGGAAAGUUUAAAUUUGAAUAACUUUUUGGAUUAUGAAAUGACUGUUAGAAUUGAAUCAGCUCCAAAAUUAGCAUCAAUUUGCUAUAAAGGUAAUAUCAAAUUUAGUAUAUCAAUGGCGGAGUCAUCAGAUACGUUGACUGGAACAUUCAUAAUUCCGAUACAGCGUAGGGACUAUGACAUCAUAUGGUUUAUUAAUUUGAUGAAUUUUUUUUUGAAUCUGAAUUGUUCGUGGAAUAGGGUGCACCUACAUGUUGGAUCAGCUGAGGCUCUCAUCUUGCCUGAAGACGUGAAGAGGGUAUGUCGUUCUCCUUUGGUUAAUUGGGAGGAUCUUAGAGUUCUUACUCAAUGUAAACUUGAGAGGGAAUCCGACUUGAGAGAUGCUUUGCAAUGGAUUUCUCCUUCUUUAAAGACAUUAUCUAUAGCGGAAAGGGCAUCUUUAGAUCGUUUUGGAAUAUCCUCAUGGUGUUGCUCAUUGCAUGAUGAAUACUAUUGAGAUUGUAUUUUUAGGUAGUUUAGGACUAAUGAAUUCGCAUGCCUACUUUUCAUAUCGGUAGGAUUUUUUUUUAUUUGUUGAUGAGUAGAUAAGAUACUUUAGUAUUGUAGAUUCAUUUUUCUAUUUUGAUGCAUUUUUUUGCAAAUCUACAAAACAUGACAUCCAGCGGAUUAGAAAUGCUAAGAAGGUCUUGUAUUUUAGCUAAUUUGCAGACUUGUGGUGAAUGGUAACUUCAAAGUUAAUGAUCAACUUAAGAAUUGCUCUUGGAAUA